AUGACGGAAUUCGGAGACGCUUUGAAGAUGAUCGGGGAAUUUGGGGCGUUUCAGAAAUAUUUGGUGUUACUUCUUUGCAUCCCCAGUUUUCUAACCCCUUUUCACAUGUUUGGCCAAAUCUUUACUAGUAUUGAUGUGCCUCAUCACUGCAAUAUUAGUUGGAUCCGGGCAAUUAGCCCCAAUCUAACUUUUCAACAGGAGCUGAGUCUGACUAUUCCCAAGAGACCUGAUGAUUCUUUUGAUCAAUGUUCUAGAUUCACUCCAGCAGUUCUCGAUAUUGAAUCGAUUAGAAAAUAUGGGCUCAAUUCCACCCAGCGCUGUGAACAGGGAUGGGUGUAUCCAACAAUGGACGUGCCAACACUGGUGACCGAGUUUGAUCUGGUCUGUGACCGAAGAUACUUAAAUGACAUCUCUCAAUCCAUUUUCAUGGGUGGUUUAUUGGCUGGAUCACUGAUCUUUGGCUCACUGAGCGACAGGGUUGGAAGUCAAAUAUCCAUCCUAGUUGCUUUGUUCAUAAUGGGAUUCUUCGGCACGGCUGUAAGUGUGGCAUCACAUUUCUAUGUUUACAUUGCCCUGAGAUUCAUCGUGGGAACAGCUCUGGCUGGGAUCAGCAUUGGCGUUGCAACUUUGAGUUCGGAGUGGGUUGGCCCAUCUUACCGUCCACAGGCACUGAUCAUCAUCCAUUGUGCCAACGCGCUGGGUCAGAUGGCUCUAGCUGGCAUGGCAUACUUUGUCCGUGACUGGAGGCUGUUUCAGAUAAUAUCCUCUGGCCCUGCCUUUCUCAUAUUUUUCUACGCUUGGGUCCUUCCAAGCUCUGCUCGAUGGCUGAUAACCAAAAAGAGAAUAAACGAAGCAAAAAACAUCAUUCGAAAAGCUGCUCUCAUCAACAAACGAACCGUGUCUGAGGAUGUCCUUAAUCGGUUGGUUCCGGAAAAGACGGCAUCACGUAGAUGCCUCUUGGAUCUUUUCAGACAAUCGCACCUGAGGAAUAUGACUUUGAUCCUGGCUUUGAUGUGGUUUGUGGACAGUUUGGUAUAUUACGAAGUGAGUCUUCACGUUGGGGAUUUCGGCUUGAAUAUCUACCUGACCCAACUCAUCUUUGGAGCUGUGGAAAUCCCAUCUCGCAUCCUUUCCAUUUUUCUUCUUCAAUUGAUCGGGAGGAAGAAAUGCCAGUCCUCUUGGCUCAUCCUGGGAGGAAUUAUGUGUGUCGUCAUCUGCGUGAUCCCCAAAGAAUUCCCUCUGAUUGUGACUGUUCUAGCCAUGAUUGGAAAAUCUGCUAUGGCUGCUUCUUUUUCAACCACCUAUCUGUUUUCUGCUGAAUUAUUCCCCACCGUUGUCAGACAAUUCGGCCUUGGCUUAUGUUCCAUGUCUGCUCGUGUUGCGGGGAUCCUUGCACCAUUGCUUGGCAUGUUGGCCACAUACCACCUUGCUAUUCCUAUGUUCAUCUGCGGAAGUUCAUCAUUGGUUGCAGGAAUUUUGUGCUGCUUUCUUCCUGAGACCCGCAACAGAGAUCUUCAGGAUAUGACACCUGAACCUAAGGCUCCACCAACCCGAGAGAUCGCAGCAAUUUACCUUGAAUGUGAAUUGGAAACUGGAAAAGAAGACGAAGAAGAUGUCCUGGGUGAAGAAAAAAUCAAGAAAAGCUAUGUGUAAAACCAAGACAUUUACCAAGAAGUUUACCAAGUUUUGUACUUAGCAAAUCAUAACUUGGUUUGUUGAUUGUAAAUAUAAAUGAUUUUCCAUCUUACCCAGAAUUAUUCUAAUCAUAGUUAUAACUUUGACAUGUUUUCACAUUGGGGUAUUAUUUUAGAUUUGGGGUGCACAUAACCUUGGACUAAUCUUGGGCUACAACUGCCCUCCAAGGUUCAGUAGAAUUAAAUGGUGACUUUAAUUUCUUUGUAUCUGCAUAUCAAUAAAAACUGCA